AUGUCCUCCCCCACCAGUGCCAAUCGCCUUCGUCGUAAUCGAUCAUCUGGAAUCACCGAGAUGCGAAGUCGAUCAUCGAUAUCUGAGGAUCCUGAACAGCCUAGAGAAGCAAGACCUCCCUCUCCACCUGGUCCAGAAGCCAAUGCCCCUCCGCCCGAAGAGGAAGUCACUCAUCUAAGAUUGGCCGCUCAUUAUUCCGGUUUGGUAUUAUCUAGCUUUAUAGGUUGUUUGAUUAGAUUAGGAUUGAUUGGUUUAGCCACCUACGACACCCCUAUCAUUUUCGCUUUAGCAUGGUCGCAAGGUGUUGGUUGUGGUAUAAUGGGACUAUCAUUAUCUAGGAAAAAUGAAAUUAUCGCUAUAUAUCCUCCAAUAUACACCUUCUUGACUACGGGGAUAGCAGGAUCAACUACUACUUUCUCUUCUUGGAUGUUAGGAGGUUAUCUAUCAUUUAGCAAUUUUGAUAAAUACAAUAGAAACGGAUUGCAUGAUACCGUAGAUGGAGUAGCUUAUUCCCUCUCAACAUUCUGUAUCGCCUUAGCAUCAUUGAGAUUCGGUGAACACUCCGCAUCAGUAUUACCUGCUUUAUCAUCUCUAAGACGUACAAAACGUCCACCUAUACCUGAUCGUCUACCUACUACCAGUACCUCAUCGGAAGAGACUUCAAUAGAGCUACAACAGCAGCACGCACAGCAAGUACAUCAGGUUUCACAAGGACAAUCCGCAGGUGAUCCUGAGAAAAGUAAAGCCCUAUUCCACAUUUCAAUGAUACCGAGUUCAACACCUCUUAUCGACUUGGUAUGGAUAUCAAUAGCUUUCAUAUCAUAUUUGAUUGUAUUAUUACUCUAUUUCCUCGGACCGAAAUCUUGGAGACAUGAUGUAACUUUCCCUCUACUCUUAUCGCCUCCGGGCUCAAUCAUUAGGUUCUUUCUUUCAAGAUACAAUACGAGGAAACGGUUCAUCGAUAAAUUCCCAAUAGGAACAUUUACGUCAAACUUGCUGGCCACUGUUGUGAUAUCAGUUUGUUUCGCUGAGCAAAGAAGACCGACUACCUUUUUCAACGGAUUAAGGUGUAAUGCCUUGAAUGGGAUCCAACAAGGUUUUUGCGGUUGUCUGAGUACAGUUUCGACGUUUGCAGUAGAAUCAAGAAGUAUUAAGAAAUGGUAUCAUAGUUGGUUAUAUAUAGGCUUCAGUGUCAUUUUAGGUCAUUUAUUGGUCUUAGCGAUCGUGGGUGGAAUCGGAUGGGGUCAAGGUUAUGCGGACGUUUGUGUGGGCUGA